AUGGAGAAACUACAAAAUAUCAUGAAAUCCUUGCCACAAAUGUCUAAAAACAUCAUAGACGACACGAUCCAUGAAAAAAUAUUAUCGUAUCUAUCAAAUUACGCGUCACAGGGCCCAGAAACUGUGGUUAAAUUUCUUGAAUGGAACGUGCUGGACAUAAUACGUGCUUGCAUCACGCAAGUUGAUCAUAAUAAUGAGAAGGAUGUAGCGCACGAAUGCGUACAAGAUCACAGGAUCAUGGCUUUGUCAAUUCGCUUUCUUGCGCGUCUUUUGGCCAAUGAUGAUAGGCACAAUGCUCUGUUGAUUUCUCAAAUUUUUACAAAUUAUAUCGACAUAAUUGAUUUUAUUCUGGAUCAUGCAUUCGAUGAAGAAGCUUUAAUGCGAUUUGCAUGCAUCGAAGCAUUAGAACAAUUAGUAACUUAUAACCUCGGCGCUAGAUGCGAUCAAAUCGUUGCAAAAUGCUUUGACGAUUCUAGUGCUUAUGUUACUGAUGCAGCAUCUAAGCUUCUUUUAUCAAUAAUCAAUAAUUGUUCUUUACUUACUUCAACAAAGAAACGGAAAAGCCUUGAAGCACAGGAUGCCCUUAUGAGCUUCUUGAUAACUUCACUUGAUUUGUUCAAUAAAAUAAAUCAACUUAUGUUCGAUUCAUCUGCUGAUAUGAGUCAUCGAUUAGCAACUUUGCAAUUGAUUUGGAUAUUGGCGGAUUCACGGACAGAUAAUGCCAAUGGAUUUUUUAAAAAAGGAAAUCUGUUGAGAAAGUUGAAUGUUUUGUUAACUGAUCCAGAUAGAAAUAUAAGAGCAAGAGCAAACGAUAUAUUGUGCACUUUGCUUGAUUGGGCUCCUGAUCCAAUUACUUUAUUUAAGCAAUCUGGGCAAUCUAUCAAUACAAAAGACUCGAUGACUGAAACUUUGAACUAUAUCAUAAAUGAAAUCGUCUUCCCGUUGUGGAAUACUGAUUCUAAUUUUGAGAUGGUCAUUAUGGCAGUGAAUGUACUUGAAUCCUCAAUAAAACUAGUUGAACGCGUUUCCUCGGGAAAAAUGAUAUUGGCAUCA